AUAGACCAUACUUUAAACAGAUCGUAAAUUAGACUUCCAGAUUAAACGAAAUUGAACGCUUAAAAAUAAAAAUGAGAAGUUGCAAAUAAUUAUCCACGAGCCACGACUACGUAUUUUGAAGCUUAAUCUCCCUUAAAUCAAGUUCAACGUGCUCCGAGGACCCAGCAAAGUAAAUCACACGAGUAAGUUUACCCGAGAGACCACUCCGUUCAAGAAAAACAACUAACCAAUCUCCAACUUAGUUCGAACGAAUCAUUUCCAUUCUUCCAUCAAAACUUCAAAUUCUAUUAGCGAUACAAAAACUCUCUGACAACUCUCAAUUUAUUCCACGAUCAACUGAAAACGACGCAACCAGCUCUUCAAACAAAUCCAAACCGAUCUUCCCUACCGUUUCUAACGAAAGAGUUUUAAAAUUACGAUUUAAUAGGAAUUCCACGAUAUAUCGAAAAUGAUGCAAUCGGUUCUCUGAACCACAAGCAAACUAAAUUAAACUCGAUUUUAUUUCCAUUAAUAACAAAUCUCUAAAUCUGCCACUGAAAACGAUGGAAUCAAGUUUCUGAACCAAAGAAAACCAAUCAGUACCAACCCACGUACUUCUAUCAAAAACACACCAACGAUUCGCGUGGAAUGACCAGCCUUCACCAUGGAUCCUACAACUACCCUGGCUCCCAAAGUCAUUUCCUCCGCUCUCCAAACCUAUCUCCAAAACUUCACCGCUUUCACCAACACCACGAACACCGUUCUGCCUCUCAGAGACUCUUUAUAUAUCGUAAUACCAGUGACCAUAAUUUAUCUGUCGAUCUUCAUAACCGGUACAAUCGGAAACAUCAGCACGUGCAUCGUGAUCGCACGCAACAAGUCGAUGCACACAGCCACCAACUAUUAUCUAUUCAGCCUGGCGGUGUCAGACCUGUUGCUGUUAGUCUCUGGUCUCCCAGCAGAGAUCUAUAUGGUCUGGUUCAAGUAUCCGUACAUAUUCGGUGAAGUUUUCUGCGUUCUUCGUGGCCUGGCAGCGGAAACCUCCACGAACGCUUCGGUGCUGACCAUUACAGCGUUCACCGUCGAAAGAUAUUUGGCUAUUUGUCAUCCGUUCUUGUCGCAAACCAUGUCAAAGCUGACGAGAGCGGUGAAGCUGAUUCUUGUAAUUUGGUUAAUGAGUCUGUUGUUCGCAUUGCCACUGGCGUUGCAAGUCGGAGUUGUCCACCAUUACAGCAAUCCAAAGAUGGUGAUGUGUACCGUGAAGAGAGUUCUGGUCAAUUAUUCGUUCGAAUUGUCCACGUUCUUCUUCUUCGUGGUCCCGAUGAUUCUCAUUACGGUGCUGUACGCGUUGAUUGGACUGAAACUGAGGAAGUCGAAUAUGAUGAAGAGAAGCAGAGGCAGCGGCGAGAGUGGAAGCUGUAGGCAUCAUCCUGGAAAAUCGUCGAGGAGAGUGCUGAAGAUGCUUGUUGCCGUGGUGAUAGCCUUUUUUAUUUGUUGGGCGCCGUUUCACAUACAGCGACUGGUCGCCACACACGGGACGAACUCGGAGGACCACAUGAGCUCGAACAGCAAGUUGGACGAGUUCCUUUAUACCCUGAUGACCUACAUAUCUGGCGUACUCUAUUACGUGUCCACGUCGAUUAACCCGAUUUUAUAUAAUAUCAUGUCGAACAAAUUUCGAGUUGCGUUCAUGGAAACAUUGUCAAGGAGUUGCAGAAUCCCCGGCCUGGCGAUUCGCACGGAGCAACGAUCGUACUCGAGUCUGCCACGAUCGCAGCAGCGAGCGAUCGGCUCUAGAAACAUGGGAACAGGCGGCACCGGAAUCAUCCACGACAGCACCGACUGUUCCGGCAAUUCUGGCCACCACAGCCUAAAGCAGAACGCUCAGCCAUUGGCUGAGCAUCUUAACGCGGAGUCGACGCGGAACAACGUGGAUAAGAAGGACAACGAGGACAUCGGCAGACUGGAAGACUCGAAUGAGAUUAAAAACAAGGACGUCGGUUGUUGCAAGUGUUCGAGAAAAUCGAGGCCAGCCAGAUAUGCCACCGUGAAGCUUUCGAACGCGAGCCAAUCUGAGAAGAAAUGGUGGCGUUUGUUAAAGUGGUUCCCCGGCUUAAAGUCCUUGAAACUCGCCGGAAGAAGCACGUGCACCGUCCCGGAAAAUAGUCCUCUGAGAAGGUCAGAGCUUAGACGAGAGGAGAUCUCGAUGACUUUGUGGAAUGAAACGAACGAACAAAACACCGUUUGAGUUUUCCAGGGUGCGAUAUCGGUUUAGGUAGAAACGUUGAAAUUACGAAUGAUGAAAGUGGAACUUGGAUCGAAAUUAGUCUGUGGUUCGUGGCGAGUUCGCGAUGGUGACGGUGCUUCAAAUAGAUUAACUAUCCUCGCUUAAUUAUCGUUACGAUUAUUACAAAGUAACUGAGAAUUGCGAGAUUGAACUUUGAGCGAGUGAUCGCAGGUUAGACGUACGAAUGAAUUUUAUGGGAUGACGAGAGCGUACGACGAUAAGCUACAAAAAUAUUUUAGCUCGCUAAGCUGAUGCUGCAAGGGAAAAUGAGACUGUGUAAAUGCAAGUAAUAGGAGCUUUCUAUCUUUUUUUCUUUUUUCUUUUUUCUUUUUUUCUACGCGAGGAGGGGAAAAUGCACUUACGAAUACCCAGCAACUCGUGCGGCCGCUGGAUUACGUGGAACUCGGCAAAAUGAUAACGCCUCUACCCACUAAAAACCUCUCCUCUUUCUGAUAUCGGAUAGCUACACGAGGUCCAACCCCGUAACUGCCAUGAGCAUUACGUCGGGGUUGGCCUCUUUUGUAUCUCCUGGUUUGUUUCAUAAAUAGUCAAGUAAUUGGAACCUAACCUUCUGGCCUGGUGUAAAUAAAGCAGGCUUCAGAUCUUAAUUUUCACAUUCAGGAAUUAAAAUCAAUCUGAUCUGGUAUCUGAUCAUCUAUACGGUGAUAUGACCUAGGUCGAGGUAAAUUUAACUUCGUCCUAAUCUACGUCAGAUCUGAGCGAUAAAAUCUAACUAACUUCGAAUUGCAUCUAACUUAAUUUACAAAUGAUAAAAUUUCACUUCUUUUGUUCGCGCUUCAAGUAUUUGAGUUUGUAAAUCGUAAAAGAAGAAUGCUUUAAAAAUACUGUACAAUUCUAUGUUGCAAAGCCAACAAAUAGUUUUCCUUAUCGAGUAUUAAAAAGAAUAAAAAACCGUACUAUAUAACUGUACUGUAUAAAAAUUGAAAUUCGUAUAAAAUUUGACAAAAACCGUUCGUUUUAAAAAGUUUAUAAAGCAUCUCGGUUAGCUUAUCUGUGCAAACUUGUAUCUUCGUACAUUGUAGUUCUAAAAAUCAUUAGUUUAUCUCAUCCACAUCUGCUUGCGUUUUAGACGCACUACUAUCCAACUAAAAACACACACACGACUCACCUUUAUUUAAAAGAAAAACUAGGUUCGUGAAAAUGAUUAAAAAACUCGAACUAAUCGUCGAGCUAACGAGGUACAGUGUCAUUGUGUUACUUUUAACGUCAAAAAGUUGGUGAUGUUAUUGUAACGAGACGAACUCGUUAAUCCGAUCGAUUCAGAAGAAAUCACGAAUUCCACGUGGUUUACAGUAUAACUUUUGCUUCGAUAAUUGAGAAGCUUAGCCCAAAUGUUUCGAACUUCAAAAAGACUGAUCCUUAUUAACUAGAAUUUCUACAAGAAAUCACAUUUUCAUCGUAUUUCCCGCUGGUCGAUAAUUUACCUAUAGAAACUUUUAGGCGUUCUACAAUAUCGACCCGAGAUAAAUCUCGCUUAAUUAAAAAUAGACGAUUUUCGUUACCGUAUAAAAAACAAUUAAUCUAUGGAGAAUCAAUGAACGUUACUUAUGACAUUACAAAUUACGAUCAUUUCCGUUUUCCUUCUUCCUUCGACUUUUUUCUCAUUAGAAAGUAUCUAGUUUUUUAUUUUGUUUCAUUUCUCUUUUUAUGGUAUCACUGAUUCUUCGAAACGAUUUAGUAUCUACCGAUGAAAAUAAUAAACUUAAUUUUGUCUUCUAAAAAUGCAUGAACAUGUGUUGAGAGUAACGUUGUAAGUUUUAUUUGAUAAAUAUAACAUGAUUGAUUUGAUAAAAGAGUAACGCGUCCAAAAAAUCGCAACUUCCAAAGUAUUUGAAGAAAUUAACUCUAAAAGCGAACUAUUUAAAAAUAAUAAAUAUCGUUUACUAGAAUAGAAUAAUUAUCCAAUAACAUUAUACUAUUUAACAAGGACAACAUCACUGUUUAAGAUCAGACUUUAAUCCUUCUUCUAGUAGUAAACAAUACUAUUAAUCACAUUGUAAAAAAACAAAGUUUUCUUGCUAAAUAACAGAGUGAUUAAUUAUAUUCUAUUUCAAACUGUUUUCCUAAUGAUUGUGCCAAUCUUUUUGUAUCACUCUUCUAAUAAAUCGACAACAUGUGCAUUUA